AUGGAAAACACUAUAAGGACGACAACUCCGAAACGUCGAAACUCGACGAACCCUUUCGAGACAUCGCCGGAAGAGGAGGUGAAAGAUGUGCUGAGCGGCGGCCACUCGCCGGUGGCCACGACUAUCGCCGACAUGACCGCAGACUUUUACAACGCGAUCAGCGCUAACUCAUACGAACCGCCGACGGCGCCCGACUCCUUCAAGUCGUCGCCCCCCGUGUCGGCCAAACUGCCGGACCUGACGGGCAGUGGCAGUAGUGGUGGCCAACCCUUUGACCCGUUCGCCACCAUUCACGACGACGACACGCCUAAGCGCCAGUCGGUGGGCGACGACGGGUCCACCGGUUCGGCACUCGUCGCCCAUAAAGUGCUGUCACCGGACGGUAUGUGCGGCGGAGGCGGCGAUCCCUUCGCCUCACACGGCAUACACAGCCCUCCGUCGCCGGCACUGCCGCCGCCCGACCAGUCAUUUCUGUCGGCGAUCGGCGAUCACACGGACUACUUGUCCGAUCUGUCGGACAUCGAAGACAACGCCGACAUCAAUAAAGACUAUCGAAACGAUAGCAUAAAUACAUAUAAUAGUAAUUACAAUAAUUCCGUUGUCGACGGCUCUAAUGGUUCCCGAAGAAGAAGCAGUGCCUUUCAAAUGGAAUUAUUAGAAGGUGAUAAGGACUCGCCGGCGCCCACGUUUGAGCCCCUGCCGGCCACUAAUAUACUACAGCGUAAGCAAUCGCUUCCACCUCCGGAACCGCCCGAAGAGUUGAUCGAUGUCUCCAAUUCAUAUCAAUCGGCCAUCACUUCCACACAAAACCCAUACUUCGAUCCGUUUCAGACUGUCUUCGAUAAGGAUCCAGAAGAAGAUGUCAUCACAGAAACGGCCUUCAAUUCACAGCCUAUUGUGACUGAGAUCACAAGAACCGAGAGCUUAGACAAGUCGACGACAAACCGGAGACGACUGUCCACUCAGGACUCCAUACAAGACUCGGGUCAGCCCAACAAAGACGCCGUCGGUAUCAUAAACGACGCCUUCGACGAGAACAUCGUUGAGCCAAUUGUUGAGCCAAUUGUUGAGCCAAUUGUUGAGCCGAUCUCUGACCCCAUCGGUGGCGACACCGACGGCAUCGCCGACAUCACCGACACCAUCGGUCAGUCGGGUGUUGUGUCCGGCGGUUACGACGACUACUACACCGGCGGCGACGCCGACAUCAGCGGACACGAGUUGGACUCGCAGACCAGUGACGGCACAAACGCCCAGCACUCAGGCUCCGUCACGACCGUCGACGCGACCGCCAAUGCCGUCACAUUUGGCGCCACAACCACUACGACCACCGACUCGGGUGUGGCCGCCGGUGUGUCCGCUAUGGACGACAUAACCGAUUGCGGUAAAGACCCGUUCGACACGUCGGACUUCGAUUCGGCCGCAUUCGACGCCUUUGCCAACAAGUUUGACUCGACCUCCGGUGCCGGCACUGCCGACAACUCAAUAGUCGCCUCAUACGACCCGUUCGCCUCUCCCAUGAAGAUAGCGAAGAAAGCGGACGAUAGCGCGGCUGUGGCCGCCGCUGAAGGGGACGUGUUUGACAUCUUCGACCCGUACGCCAACCGACCGGCACUCAAGACGCCUAAGAAUACGCCGGCGAAGAGUUUCAAAGACUCCCAGAAGGACUCGUUUGAUGACUACGGGGCCGACGAUAACCUCAAGAUUGUUAUCAGGGCUAAGAUGAAGGACAACGUCGACGGUAGUAAAGGACUGCAAUUGGCGCCUCCACUACUGCCACCGCCGCCAAAAUCUCCCAAAUUCUCUCAACUGGAAGGCAUGGAUCUGAUGCCGGGAGAGGACGAAGUGGUUGUGGACGAGUUCGAGGCGUUCUUCGGCGCCGGACAGUUGUCCGAAGCGGCCCAACACGUGAUGCCUGCGGGCGGCGAACAGGAGUGGCCGACGGCUUUCGGUGAGGCGGCGUCCAGAGAGAGGGCCGACUCGACUGAAUCGCCGCAAACGCCGCUCUACGACGAGGAUACGUCUCAGCCGUUGGAGGACUUCCCGCCCAAAUACGUGGGCGACGGCUGGGAAAUGCUGUUGCGGUACCCGAACAAGAAGAAGCUGACGGCCAACCGGUGCUGGAAGAAGAUCUAUGUCAAGUUUGUCGCCGACAGCUGUAUAUUCCAGUUGUUCAACAAGAAGGAGGACAACAACCCCUUCCAGGAGACGCCACUGCAGGCCUCGUACUCGCUGUCCGACAUCUCUACCCAACAGUACGAUCAAUACGGAAAGAUAUUCACAAUCAAAUUGCAGUAUAUCUUCUAUCGGGAACGGGUGGGCGUACGGCCCGGACAGAUAGCCAAGGUAAUGCAGGGCCAGAUCACAUCGAUGGGUCAGUUCGCGAAGUUGGGUAUGCCUUUAGAGCACGCGCCGCAAGUGUCGGAACUGUUCAAAUUGGGUUCGCAGACCUAUACGGACCUCAAAGAGAUGCAACUCGUGGUGGAAGAGGCGCUGUUCAGGACCACAAUACACAGGGAUCGGGCGCUCACUUACAAGACCGAAGAGAUCCAGUGCGCCGUUCAGGACGAGCUCUAUGUCGAGCAAAACAAGAUGGGAAUCAUUACCAAACAGUUGGCCAGAGUUCGCAUCUUUUUUCUCGCCUUUGUUAACGGUAUGCCUGUCAUCGAAGUGGGAAUUAAUGACAUGAAACGUCAGGGCAAGGAAGUGGUCGGAAGGCAUGACAUCAUUCCGGUGGUGACCGAAGAGUGGAUCCGUUUGGAGGACUACGAGUUUCACUGUUGCGUUCAGCCCGAAGACUUCGAAGCCACGCGUAUACUGAAGCUGAUCCCACCG